GGCCAUACCGCAUUGUGCAUUAUUUGGUCGUGGCAUGUUGGGGUCGCUAAAGCAUCGCGUGCUGGAAGGAGGGAAGCAACUGAAGAGCACGCUAGAAGAGCACAGCGCCGAGAUGAACAAGCAGCGUCUCCAGAUGAAUAUCAACAUGAACAGCGCGUCGGAGCGGUUGACGGCGGUGGCGGCGGCGGCAACAAGUGUGGUAUCCACGGUUACCAAGUCGACAACGUUGGGCGCAUCGGCGCCGUCAGCGUCUGUUGUCGGGACAAAGGAGCCAGACGAGGUUGCAGGAGGGCCGUUCUUUGCGUCCUUUGUACAUCGCCAGCAACAGGUACUUGUGGAGCAUCAAGCACUCCUCCAGAGCGGGGAGCAUCUCUCGGACGUGUUUUCGAAGACGCGGCGGCGGGUGACAGCCGAAGCACAGAGCGCGAUGUUCCUCCAACACAACUUUCAAAACAUCGCGCACAUCAAGGACGGCAUCCGAUCCAUUCGGAACUCGAUAGUGUCGUUGGUGGGCCUCAUGGAAGAAGUCGAACAGUUGCUCAUGUCCAAGACAGAGGAAGAAUUGGUGUACGAGAACGCGGCGUUUGCUCUGCAACAGCAAGCGGAAUUGGAGCAAUUUGAAUGCAGUACGUUGGCCGAGAAGCAGCAGCGACUUCUUCGGCGGCACCACGAACGACAGCGCGCGCUUGGCGACGCGUUCGCCAAGGACCUGCACACGUAUCAAACGAUCCUAUCGUACCAAGGCUAUCUUCCUGCACUGAGUACGACAGCUAUCUUGCUUGAACGAGGUUUCGUGAUGGGGAUUUGUGACGGGUAGCCGAUCCGCACGCGCCGGUCGAGUCGCUCGAGUCGAUUGAGAUGGCGAUUCAGCCUGACGAAGACCUUGACACGUUUUAUAAAGAUGUGGUCGAUCCAGACGAUGGGCCGUCGUGGAGCGGGGGCUGCGGCUCAGGCGAUGGUGCGCGCGAUGACGUUGACGCGGUGGACGUUGCGGUGGCGCCUCGUCACCACGUCGAUGGGCACGUGUGGGUCGAUCCAACUGGCGACGACGAUGAAACGAAAAGCGACAUGGCGUCGACGGUGGCCGAAUUGCCGUCCGAAGUCCCGACGUUAGAUGGCUACGCUAGCGACACGAACGAACAAGACGAUUGAUUCUAUGGAGGCUUCAACCCCGUCGAUUGUGCACGUUGUAGCUUUGUAAGGUUCGGCAAGCGACUGUGGCUUGGUUGGACGGCCUCGAGUCGCAUUCUUCUGGCUCUGGGACACACAUGGGCGAGGGUGGCACUGCUCAGUAGGUUGAGAGGGGUGUGCGGACUAGCUGCUGCGGGCCGCCGACCCGAUAACUUUGCACGAUCCGAACGGCUAGCUCACGAGGGAUGACCGACGCAAGAAAUUUGGCGCCGUAGGAGGGCCGCCCGUCGUUUCGGACGAA